CUCGUGCGGUCGCUCUCGGCUCUCCGUAUUUUAACUCUGGUUGGAAAAUUACGCACAACGGAGCGUGCUGCCGAGAAUUUCUUAUCCGACACACAGCAUCCCGCCUUAUGAAAUUUCUUGUAAAUUGUAAUCGUUAUGCGUGUGGCAGAUAUAUAUCAAGACUGCAGAUAGACGUGGUGUCUAUUACCACGCAAUAAAGUGGAAGGUACUGGAAAAAGCAUUUCCGAAAAAAUGGACGGGCCCGGAUUAGGAUACUCAUAUCACCUCCCAUCCGCCGGUUGGAAUCUCAAAGUCAGAAAUGCACUGUCGCAGUUCAGUGAUCUUUUUAGCGAAUUUAACAAGUAUAUCGCGCCAGCUUAUCACCAUGAUCGCUGCGAGAGAUCCGUGCAGAUGCGCUUAUAUUCGAUGCACAAGAGGGAAUUUGUUAUGGUGUUUGUAGCCUUUUUCGCAUGUUUCGGGUUAGCGGUUUUUAUCGGUCUCGCUGGGCCACCUAUAACAUCAACCAGCGAACAGAAAGCGCAUUUGAACGGCAGCGAGAUGGCCACUGGUCCAUUCAUCAUGAAGACACCUCUGUUGUCUACGUAUAGUCAGCAAUUAUGGGUGAUUGCCAAGCUGUCGACAUCUAAUAACGAUGAUGAGAGAUAUGACAAAGGGUUUCAAGUUAGCGUUUCCAUAGACGGUAUCACUGCUGAUCGCAAGCUCGUAUCUGUACUACCCCCGGAAGCUGGACACAAUCGAACCAGACAUUUGAAAUGUGAAAGGCAAUCCUGCGAGGAAUUGGUCGUCGCCCACCUUGGAUUUCUCGAUUAUACCUACUACAUAAUCACUGUCCGCUUCCAUGGACUUGAGAGCUUCCACCAGCGAUACACGAUACGAGAACUCACAUUCUACUUUAAGAACUACAAUCCAGCGUUCACACAGAUCGAAAUUUGGUUCCGAUUGAUCUUUUUACUGACCACGUUCGGAGUAAUGUGCUGGUUCGGCCAUUCGCUUAGAAAGUACCCCCUGCACGAUUGGUCGAUAGAGCAAAAAUGGAUUUCUAUUCUUCUUCCAUUACUGAUUCUGUACAAUAAUCCAUUGUUUCCCAUGACGUUCUUGGUGAAUUCCUGGGUACCUGGUAUGCUAGAUGCAAUCCUGCAAACGACUUUCCUCUGUGCUAUCCUCAUGUUCUGGCUCUGUGUUUACCAUGGCCUUAGACAGAACGAGAGACGGCUUAUCACGUUUUAUCUGCCCAAACUUUUAGUAGUGGGUAUGUUAUGGGGUGCGGCAUUGACUCUUGCCACGUGGCUCCGUUGCACCGAAUUGGAGGAUCCCACUUAUAAUUAUGUUCUCGAUACAUCGAAUUACUACGGCUUCAAGGUAUUCUUCUUUACGGUGGGUGGUUUUUACAUCGCAUAUCUGCUGCUUCUUAUAUUAAAAGCCUACAGCGAACUGCGAUCUAUGCCAUACUUCGAUUUACGUCUGCGGUUUUUAACAUUGCUCGCCGCGGUAGUCGCCGGCGUUUGCAGUUUGGUGACUGCACGUCAAUUCGGAGCCGGUGUAUUGGAGGACAGCUUUGCUUCUCGUCUCUCCACUUAUUACCGCACGUCCGCGCAGUUCAUGGCUCUUUAUGGUCUUCUCAAUUUUUAUUUGUACACCAUGGCAUACGUUUAUGCUCCUGCACUCCAACAAGUCUACGGGCAACAUUCAUCGAUAACGAAAGAUAGUCCUGCGUUCUCGAUGUUCAAUGAUUCGGAAGAGGAAGUAAUAUACGGAUCGGACGAGGACAGCCGGCGACCGCUGACUCGCACUCCACGAAACGCAGAAGACAGUGACUGAGGGCCUUAAAAAAAAAAGAUCACACAUUCUAAUGCUAAUUGCGAAACAUAGAUUGUUAAAUGAUGAAAAAAAAUUAAUGAAAUAGCUUUUAAUUCGGGUUUCUACUGUACGCAGUUGUUCUGCUGCCAUAUUAAAAGCUGAAAAAAAAAACUAAAAAGUCGUGUAAGUAGUUCGUUGAAGAAUCAAAUGUUAAUUGUAAACGAAGACUUUGUGUCAUGUUUAUGCAGGCUUCAAGGAAGAUGUAUACUGUACAUAAAUUAUGAACAUACAUAUAUUCAUAAUAAUGUAAAUUUAUGUAUCGCGUUGUGUAUAGUAGUAAUAUAAGAAUUGAAAGAGGAAGAUAUGAAUGGAAUGAUGGAAAAAAAAUAGGAAAAAGAACGCAUUUUACAAAUUUUUAAGCUAAUUAUUAAGCUAAAAUUAUUAGCUAAUUUGAAGAACAAUUAUAGGAAAACAUUCCUCUUUUGACUUAUCUAUUUUUUAUGACAAAAUUAAAUAAGAAAAAAUUUUACGAAUAAUUAAGACGAGAUAAAUACGGUGAAUACGGUGAAGUUAUGUUUUGCGAUAUUAAAUUUUAGGCAUUUGUUCAUUUAUUAUUCUAAAAGUAUAAGUAUUGAAAUUUUAUUUAUUUAUUUUGAUGUUAUUAAUAUUUAUACCUUUAUUGUACAUUUUAAAUGUACUUUCUGUGAUGUACUAUAAAAUGUACAUGAGCAUUAAGAGAAAAAUUAUAAACAUUGAUAGGAGCCAAACUAUUGUGUUAAAUACUCGUAAGAUAUUACCAUAAUUUUUAUACGAAAUGUACUUAAUUGUUUGCUAUAUGUAUAAAAUAUAUAUAUAGCAAGUUUAACAUAAAUAAUAGAUAUAGCAUCUUUAUAUAUUACCAAUGAAGUGUUAUUAUUAUUAAGUAAAAAACGUGAGCAUAAAAACAUGGACAUAAAUGCGUGUUUUAUACUUGGAAAUUCGUUACAUUUACAGAUCUAUAAGAAAAAUAAAUUUUUGACAACUCACAAUAUUAAAGUCAUCUAUUUCUCUAACAAUUUGUAAUGAUUUUGUAUCAACUCGCAGAUUUUUCAACUGUGACAAAAAUUUCUCAUGCAAACAGGUAUUUGUAAAAAAAAAUGUUUUGCGUUAAUAACACGUUUUAUCAGUGUUUACAUUCUUAAAUAACACUUGCUAUAUACUUAAUAAAGAAAUCUUGCAAAUCACUAAAA